AUGACGGCGAUUAUCGAGGCACCGGUCGACGGGGUGCCUCCGCCGAGCGAAACGUUCGCAUCUUUCACCGAUGUGUAUUGUUCUCUUGUCGUCGCAUACACGAAGGCGCUCGGCAUCUCCGUCAACAAGCAUGCGACCCCGACAGGCUCGCAUCCUGGCGCAAUCCGCUGCAACAGAGUCAACGACGGCUGUCCCUUCAAAGUGGUCGUCGCCCUCGAUGCAUCAGGUCGCUUGUACAUCAACCACAGGGCCUCCGAUUGGCGGCACAGCCACGGCAAGCACCCCAAUUACGCCGCUGACCCGAAUUGGCGCCCAACCGUCAUAAAUGCGGACGCGCGUCAAGCGCUACGCUCGUGGUUGACGCCGUACACCACCGCAGCCGCGACGGACGGCGACCCUGCCUCUGCGCACGGAGCGAUUGCCGCCUCAAAGGGUUCCUCGAAGCCCCGGCGCGGCAACCAGUGGACGAAGGCUCGCGAGCAAAAGCUCGUCGACGAGGCUCGCGCGAACGGCCUCCCCCGUCCCGCAGGCCUGAUCCAUCACUUCGACGACAUCCGCGCUUCUCCUUCAGCAGCCCUCUCCGCGACUGGAGCCGCACCUCUGACCGUCCCGGCAUCUGCAUCUUCGGCCGCGCCUCCGCCUCCGCCUGCCCCUAGCCAACCGAAGCGCCCUUCAUCUGUGGAUUACUCCGUCGACGAACCUCAGACGAAGCGUCCUCGUGUCAAGGAGGAGGAGCGAUCACCCGUCCAACCUUCCGCUGCGCUCCCUUCGCCCGCCUUGACGACUCCCGAUGUCCCCUUCGCGGCUCAACAGACGAGCUCGCACAGCUCACGACCUACUCCAGCGCCCCUUGCAAGGUCUGUCACACCCUACACGCCCCCCGCACCUCGACCUUGCCCCGAACUCGAGCCGUUCCUCGCCGGCCUGCAUCCCAGCAUCGUCCCUCUCGCGCCUUACCUUCCCUCGCUCGGUGCCACGUCUGUCGCUUCUCUCGUCGACCUCGUCAUGCUCAGCGACACGGCGCUCGACGUUAUCUUCCAGGCUUUGCGCAAGCGGAUCGAGGAGGACUUGCGGCGAGAUCCGGCUUGCCGCGCGACGGUCCUCCAGGCUCGCCUGUUUGUCAAGGCGAUCAAGGACAGUCCGACCAGGGCUCAGCAGUAG